GUCUAGUGACAGGAUGUCAGACUUUGAGAGUUCCUCCCUGAGAAAUGAAGAUGAUGUUCUGCUGUCCAAGGAUCCACUGAAUCACCUAUCCCUGUCAGCCUCCUCCGCUUUGAUGGGCGCUACCAACUCGACUGCCCAAAUUGGUGGAGACGAUGCCAUCUCAAAUAGUGCAGGGCCAAUGGCAGACAGCCUGGAAAAGAUGAAGGCCAUUUACACCUCCUUCCUGACCAAUUCCUAUUGGUCCACACUGAACUUGAACCUGAGCCAGCCCCCUGCAGAGAAGCCUCCUCGCAGCCACAGCAGCAGCAGCAGUAGCAGUAGCAGUAGCUGUGGAAGUGGUGGCUAUGAUUGGCACCAGACAGCUGUAGCCAAAACCCUCCAGCAGGCCUCACAGAACCACCACAACCGGCUGGGCCUGGUUCAUCAUCCAACAGUGGCCGUGUCCACAGCAUCUACAGAACCCAACCUUUUCAGCACCGUCCAGCUGUAUCGACAGAGCACCAAACUCUAUGGCUCAAUAUUCACAGGUGCCAGCAAGUUCCGCUGCAAGGACUGCAGUGCGGCAUAUGACACACUGGUUGAGCUGACAGUGCACAUGAAUGAGACAGGUCACUAUCGUGACGACAACCAUGAGACGGAUGGAGAGGGUGCCAAACGCUGGUCCAAACCUCGAAAGCGUUCCUUGCUAGAGAUGGAGGGGAAAGAGGAUGCGCAGAAAGUUCUGAAGUGUAUGUACUGUGGCCACUCCUUUGAAUCCCUCCAGGACCUCAGUGUCCACAUGAUCAAGACAAAACACUACCAGAAAGUGCCUCUUAAAGAGCCUGUUACACCAGUGGCCGCUAAGAUUAUUUCCUCUGUCCGAAAGAGAGCCCCUAUUGAACUUGACCUCCCUAGCUCACCUGACUCUAAUGGCGGCACCACGCCUAAGCCCAGCCCCCUAACUGACACUAAUGACAUCCUCCAGAAGGCCUCAAACCCUUAUAUCACACCAAACAACCGCUAUGGACACCAGAAUGGUGCCAGCUACGCCUGGCAGUUUGAAUCCAGGAAGUCACAGAUCCUAAAAUGUAUGGAAUGUGGCAGCUCUCAUGAUACACUGCAGGAGCUAACUGCACACAUGAUGGUGACUGGACACUUUAUUAAAGUCACCAACUCAGCUAUUAAGAAAGGCAAGCCAAUUUUAGAUUCCUCCACUCUGGCACCCACACCUACGUUAUCCACGGAGGAGAAAGUGCAGUCAGUUCCUCUUGCUGCUACAACCUUCUCCCCUCCACCUGCCCCUGUGCAUCCCCCUACCAGCAUCUCGCCCAUAGCUAUGGCUGUGGAGAUAAAAAAGGAAGAGAAGGAGGAGGAGUGCACUAAAGAGUUCAUCACCAACAAUGGUAACAAUAUCAACAAAGAGAAGAAGGCAGGAGGUGAGGAGGAGCCUGAGGAGAAGUUUGAUAUUUCUUCAAAAUAUAGCUAUUUGACUGAGGAAGAUCUGGAUGAAAGUCCUAAAGGGGGGUUUGAUAUCCUCAAGUCCCUAGAGAACACUGUAACCUCAGCCAUCAACAAAGCCCAGAAUGGGGCUCCCAGCUGGGGUGGCUACCCAAGCAUCCAUGCUGCCUACCAGCUCCCUAACAUCAUGAAGCUUUCUCUAGGCAACUCUGGAAAGAGCUCCCCCCUCAAAUACAUGUUCCCUGGAGGGGAGAUCCUCUCUCCCACUAGCAAGAGCCAGCCUCUGAUUUCCCCUCCCAGUCGCCAGACCUCACCACUGCCCAAGAAUAAUUUCCAUGCCAUGGAAGAGCUGGUCAAAAAGGUGACGGAGAAAGUGGCAAAGGUAGAGGAGAAGAUGCGAGAACCUACUGGAGUCAUUAGGUCCUCACCUGUUAGACGCACCACCCCCUCCCCCUGCAGCAGUGAGACAGGGGAAGCAGUUCGGGGUGAGUCGCCCAAAGAGAGGAGAGGAGGAGGUUCAAAGACCCCUGAGGAGAUGGUGGGAGGGGAAAAAGCAGCUGGAGGAGAAGGAAGUGGAGCCAAUCACAGAAUUGUGGUGUCAAAUGGUGAUGUGACUAAAAAAGAAUCUAUUGAGAAUGGGGUAGAGUCCACUGCUGUGAAAUCCCCCCUGCCUGCCUCUCUGUGUGGGAGCACAGCCAUAAUCACAGACCACCCCCCUCCAGAGCAGCCAUUUGUCAACCCUCUCAGCGCACUGCAGUCAGUAAUGAACGUUCACUUGGGGAAGGCCGCCAAGCCUGCCCUGCCCUCUCUCGACCCCAUGAGCAUGCUAUUUAAGAUGAGCAACAGCCUGGCAGAGAAAGCAGCAGUAGCUGCCUCCACACCACCAGCACAGACCAAAAAACCACCCAACGACCACUUAGAUCGUUACUUCUACCAACAACACCUGAACAACGACCAGCCCAUAGACCUGACCAAAGGCAAGAGUGCUGACAAAAAUGGUAGUAUAGCUUCCUUCAUGUCCAACUCCCCUCUGAGAGAGAAUGCUCUCUCUGACAUCUCAGACAUGCUGAGGAACCUGACGGAGAGUCAAGUAGUCUCCAAGUCCUCCACACCCACCAGCCUGUCCGAGCGCUCAGACAUUGAAGGCGCCACACAGGAGGAGACAGAAGACAUCUCCCCAGCCCAGAAACGCAAAGGCCGCCAGUCCAACUGGAACCCCCAGCACCUGCUCAUCCUCCAAGCCCAGUUCGCCUCCAGCCUCCGACAAACAAGUGAUGGCAAGUAUAUGAUGUCGGACCUGAGCCCCCAGGAAAGGAUGCACAUCUCACGUUUCACCGGCCUCUCCAUGACCACGAUAUCCCACUGGCUGGCGAAUGUCAAGUACCAGCUGAGGAGAACGGGUGGCACGAAGUUCUUGAAGAAUCUGGACUCAGGUCACCCGGUGUUCUUCUGUAGUGACUGCGCCUCUCAAAUCCGCUCGCCAUCCACAUAUGUCAGCCACCUGGAGUCUCACCUGGGUUUCCGGCUGCGAGAUCUGGCAAAACUUUCUGGGGAGCAGCUCCUCAGCCAGAUUACACAGCAACACCAUCAGCAACGUCACACCAAAGGACUGUCUGAAAAACUGCUAUCCCCAUCCCCCUCCCCUGAGGAGGAUGGCAGUGGGGCCAUGCAUCAGUGCAAGCUCUGCAACCGGACUUUUGCGAGCAAGCACGCAGUCAAGCUUCACCUGAGCAAGACUCAUGGGAAGUCCCCAGAGGACCACCUAAUGUAUGUAUGUGAUCUGGAAAAACAGUAG